AUGUCCAGUAAGUUUAUUGCCUUCGUGUCUUUGUUCUUCAUCCUGGUUUCCAUUACCACCUUCUGUUUGGAGACUCAUGAGGCUUUCAACAAAAUCAUCAACAAGACUGAUGUGGCGCGAGACAGCAACGUGACCGACUCAGGUCCACAGUAUGAGAUCGAAACGGAUCCUGCUCUUACGUAUGUGGAAGGUGUUUGUGUCUUCUGGUUCACCAUUGAGUUCCUGGUGCGUGUGACCUUCUGCCCAGUCAAGUUGGAGUUUUUUAAGAGUCUUCUUAACAUCAUCGACUUCGUGGCUAUCUUGCCUUUCUACUUGGAGGUUGGGCUGAGCGGCCUUUCUUCAAAGGCUGCCAAGGAUGUGUUGGGUUUCCUCAGGGUGGUUCGUUUUGUUCGUAUUCUGCGUAUCUUCAAGUUAACACGACACUUUGUGGGACUUAGAGUACUGGGCCACACGUUACGGGCUAGCACCAAUGAAUUCCUGCUGCUCAUCAUCUUCCUGGCAUUGGGAGUGUUAAUUUUUGCCACAAUGAUAUACUAUGCCGAAAGAAUCGGCGCCAAGCCCAAUGAUCCCACGGCUACCCUCCACACUAAGUUCAAGAACAUCCCCAUCGGCUUCUGGUGGGCCGUGGUAACCAUGACAACACUGGGAUAUGGUGAUAUGUAUCCAGAGACCUGGUCAGGUAUGGUCGUGGGCGCAUUAUGUGCUUUAGCUGGUGUGCUGACGAUAGCCAUGCCUGUGCCCGUUAUCGUCAAUAACUUUGGGAUGUACUAUUCUCUGGCUAUGGCCAAGCAGAAGUUACCCAAAAAGAGGAAGAAACAUAUCCCUCAAGCAGUGCAGGGAGGGUCCCCCACCUACUGCAAAGCUGAUCUCAACACCACCUGCAACAGUACUCAAGGUGACCUGUGCCACGUCAAAGGGAGCAGGGUACUAGAACGCAACCGUUCAGUUCUGUCUGUAGACUGCAGCGGGGGCAGCGACCUCACCAUGUCUCCUGAGGAGAGGGUUCCCAUGCGUAGGUCCAGCACCCGAGAACAGGACCGCCGGAGUGGGGGGACCUGUUUCCUGCUUGCUGCCAGUGAUUACACCUGCCCUGCAGACGGAGGGAUACGAAAGACAGGCUAUGAGAAAUCCCGGAGCUUAAACAACAUAGCGGGCAUGACUGGCAUGGCUGGUAACACUCUGAGGCUGUCUCCUGUGACCUCGCCCUAUGGAUCGCCCUGCCCGCUACGCCGCUCUCGCUCCCCUAUCCCUUCCAUCCUGUGAGAUGUCCACCUCUGGACCACUUUGACCCCAACCAACCCAUAUCCGUUCCACUAACAAACCACAUCCCUCUGGCAUCAAAUCCGAACUCUGUUUAGUUCUUGUGACUAGUGGAGAAGUACUCCACCAUCGUAGCCAAGAAUUGUGUAAAUGUCUCGAGUAACCUGAGCAAGUUCUGCGCUUUUCCUUCGAGGUACAUCUGCUUAGCUCACAUUCAUCUCCUGAUGUACCUUUUAGCUCGAUAUUAUCAUAAUGUGAGUCUUGCAAUAAAAAAACUGUUACUGGUGGCUUCAGAGGUAGCAGCCAUAACGUGUAAUAAAGGACAUUUAAUAAUCAGGGAUAUUAGAUGUUGUUAUAUUUAGAUACCUUGAAAUAGAUGUGCUUCCAGAAAAAGAAAGAGAGAUGUCACUUUGUUUUAACCUCACACAAACUGUGACUUUGUUGAUGGUAAACUGUGUUAUAAUUGGGUUGGAGUUGGAGAGGAGGGGCAAGUCGCUUUUCACCCGCUGUUGGGCCUGCUCAUGUUUUUGCAUGGAUCAUCCUGUAACCAUCGUCUUCAAGCAGCGUGUACAGAGGAGGGGAGGAGAGCUCGAGGAUCUGUAGAACAGACUUGGAGUUGUUUCUAGAAAAUGUUGUUAUGUUGGGAUUUAGGCGAGGGAGGGCGUACCCGACUCGUACCAUGUCUCAUUUUGCCAUUGGCUUCAGCAACAAUCCACGAGGAGACUGAAAACACAGAAGCCCAGCUGGGCGUUGCUUUCUGCUCAUUUGCUGCUAUUUCUGAAUAACUUUCUCCUCCUCUGUGUCUAAUUUUCUUUUUCCUCUGACGUAGUGCCACCAAAUCUGUUGUGUUUCUGGUUGUUUACUCACAGAUAACUGCAAAGAGGUUGUCUUUACUGGUUUUACACAAGCAGAGAGCAGCGUUCUAUCUUAAUGGCUUGAAGAAAGGCACCGCCAUAGU